CUUCAGUCUAUGUCCAGGUUUUAAAACGUUUCUUUGCAUUAUUUUGCGACGUAAAACUGCAUAUUUGAUGUGACCUCCAAUGUAAGAGUUUGUGGACAUUUUUGAGCUCGGUUAACAAGCUCUUACUCUUCGUUGGCCGACAAUGGUUAACAUGUAGACUGGGCGACACCAUACACCGGAGAAGCCAGUGUUUUUAAAACGUUGGGACUUUGCCCUGCGUCGCUCUGAGAUCGCAGAAAAGCCAACAGAAGUAAUAAAAGCUACACUCGGGUGAAUAAACAUUUGUUGUUCAUUGUCAGAGAUGGAAGUACUCAGAUCGUGUACUUAAGUUAAAGUAGAAGUACCAGAGUGUAGGAAAUCUCUGGUACAAGUUCAAGUCCUGCAAUUAACAUGUUACUCGAGAAAAAGUACAAAAGUAUUAGCAUAAAAAUAAACUUAAAGCACCAAAAGUAAAAGUAGUCAUUGUUUGAUUGGUCCAUUUCAGAAUAAUAUCUCUGAUAUGUUUUAUAAUGAUUGAUCAUUAAAGUGUUCUCAGAGCUGGUAAAGGUGCAGCUAGUUUUAAUGGCUCUGUAUACUGCAGGGUAGCUGCUGAGUUUACUGCAGGUGAACUAAAGUCUGAUUUAAGGGUUGAUUAUAUUACACAUCAUUAAUCCAGAUCUGUAAAGUAACUAAAAGGAUUAAAUAAAUGUACUGAAGUACAAAGUAGCACCAAAUUGAAAUACUCAAGUACAUCAAAAUUGUACUUAAGUACAGUACUAGAGCAAGUCUAUUUACUUACUUAACAUGACUGUCCAUUGUGCAGGACUAGGUUAGUUGAUCUGGUUUACUUUUUUAAUGUCAUACACUUAAGCGAUAUGUUUGCCACAUCUGUGUUUCAAGUGCCUGUCAUCCAGCCAACAUUAAACCCAUAAUUGUAUGUCCUUUUUUCUGAAUGAAGGCGGAUAGAUAUGCCUCAGGUUGCAAUAACAGUGUGAUUGUGUGCGUACAUGCAUGCCUGACCGUGUUAGAGGCAGCAGAGUUAAUUGCAUGCCAUGCACAUUUUCUAUUUGCCUGCCUGCAUUUCCCCUGUUACUAUUCCCUGCCUCCUGUGCUUUCCAUGUCUUUCCCUUUUUAAUGUUUUACACCAAAAGGAGAUUUAUAACUAAAACCACAGAAAAGCAGGUUAGCUCUUUUUAAUCGUCUCCAUUCUCACUCUAUAACCUCCCUCUCCUGAGGCGUAACCGAUAACAUGAGGGUAUUGAAACACAAGAAUCCCUGCUGCCAUGUUUACUGUAGCUAUGUGCCUCCCUGCUCCUUCCAUUGUGUUCCUUCAUAGCAGCUGGGAACUGGUUUCCAUGCAGUUGUUGAAAGCUGUCAGAGUAGACAGGCUCCUUCCCACCCCUUCGUUCCAUUUACCCUUUUCUCACCCUCAUAUCUGCUGAUAAUCGCCCUCUGCUUUGUAUGUUAUCCAGUGGAAAGAGUCUUCCCUUUUCUGUGAUGUUUGCCAGUGUUUUCAUUUGAGGACAGGGAUGCCUUUCUUGUGCAGUAUAUUGUAUUGCUUUCCAGUGCACGUCUCAUAGUUGCUUUUUUUGAAGGGACAAUGCUCUCAAAUUAACUUGUAAGGUUAUGUCAAUGCACAUCGUAUGUAUCUGUGUUCUAAUUUGUUUUACAAGUUUAUUUUACUUGGCUUUAGUGGAGCUCAACUCUGACCCCCUGUUGGUUGUGUUGAGUGUUUGUCCUACCCCCACAAUAUCCUGCUCCUGCCGUACAUAUUUUCUCUUCUCAAAGGACUCCUUCAUCAUCAGUGAAUCAAAGUAUCAAAACGAACACAUAGGGCCUAUUAGAGAAAAAACAGCAUGCUGCUUAAAGCCUUUGUGUUGGUUUGUGACACAGAAUUCUAAAUCACACAAAAAGGGAUCGACUCCAACCGGUAUAUAGAAUAGAAAAAAAGUUAAGUUAAGCAAAUGUAACAUGAUCCUGGAAAGUUUUAGGUAAUGAAAAAAGUAUGUUUGAGAGGAACAAAAACACAUGUGUGCAGUCGAUUGCCUAGCAAAGAAUCAGCACAAAAGCAGGCUUUUUGAUUUGAAGGUCGUACAGGGACAUUGUUUAGCCGCUCAGUCAUCGAGGCAGUGUGUUGGAUGACAUUCAGAGCUGCUCCCUGCUUCAUGCAUGCAGCAGAUAUCAAAUUCCCUCAAAAACAGAACCAGAAAUACUCCACUCCGAGGUCUCACACUGACACAUUCGUGCGCGUGUACUGUUUGAAACAUGCACUCAUUGUUUGUUUUCAUUUGGGCAUUACAUUUCACAAAAUGCACUUACUGACGUGUAUGAUGCUUUAAUCCUAAACUCUUCGCAGUGAGUAUGAGAGCACAGUGUAUGUUUCUGACGUAGGAGCCUUUUACUGGAAACCACUUGUGAAUGAGUUACAUGUGUUAAAGGGGAAUUUUGUGUUUGUUCUGAAUGAGCCAAACUCUAUUAUGCUUCAUGUCUGUGUGAGUUGUUGUGGAGCUUAAGCCAUACUUUGCACAUGUGUUUGCAGGGUAAAUACUCCUUAGUACUGCAGAGUAUAACCCUCUGCAAACCCUGAACCCUCAGAUCUUUCACAGGAACACACAAAAUCCUGAGAUUCACUAUUAUGAACCACUGGGUGCAUGUCAACAGGAAGUGGGACUGACGUCUUGUAUAACCUCAAAUAUUUGUACGGUCAACUUUGAACUGAAAGAAGUCGUUUUUUUGUCCAAUUUAUCUUUGGACAAAAGCUGCUACCCAAUUCCAUUGACAUCCAUUUACCGAGAUAGAUCUGAUUAUGGAGAAUAUCACAAUGUUUUUUGAUAAGAUAUCUCAUUAUCAAUUUUAUAAUUAUAUUGUAUGGUUGACUCCUAGUGCAAAUGACAUAUUUAGGUAAAUUACAUCUCUUAAUCAUCACUUAAAUGUAGCCUUUAAGACCAGGGAAAGAUAUUUGUGAUAAUACGAGGUACAAAAUCCUAGACCAUAUCUAUUCUUAUUAAUAUGGAUAUAAAUUGCCCCUCCUUAAAGCCAGGCUAGGCUCACCUUUCAGCAUUCUCUCAAACAGAGCUGCUGUCUCCAAAUAAUUGAUUAUUAUACAAAUAUUUCAAGUUUCAUGAAGUGAAGUUUCAGUACUAUCAUCAUAAAAGUAUGAAACAACAUUGAAUCAGGUUUUUUGUAAUUAUAUUUUUGCACAUCAAUUGAUAAUGGAUUCAAUAUUUAAAGGUCAAUUCAUCAUUCAUUCUUGCUUACUGAUUUGCAACAUUGCCCACAAUAGCCCCAUACAUGCAAAACUAUUGAAGAUAGACACAUCCCAUGAGUAAAUAGUAUCUAGCAACUUGUUGGUUCAAGGUUUGUGUGUGCAUAGAAGUAUUUUUAGUGUUUUUCAUUAUUUUCUCCUAGCCAGCUGUGAAAAAUGUGGAUAUGUUUUUAGAUCAGCUGUUUUUCAUGGCCCUCUCUAAUGUCCAAAGAUCCAUCUUUAAGCAGAAUAUAGAAUUAAUUAUUAUUAUUUUUUUGAACUUGGAUGAAUCUGGUAAAGAGGAUUUAUUAGUCUCUAAGGAAUAUUUGGAUCCAAUUCUCUUGAAUCCCAACUUGUUUUACAACACCAGCACAUGUCCCCUCGGAGUCUUUGAUGAAUGUUUUCAUGCAGAGGGAAGAGUUUCUGGCUCGCACACCAACAGAGGAACCAGCAUGCUUCCCAUAUGAUACACUCUGACAAUGCAUCAUUCUGUCUCUGGCCAUGAAUAUUCAUUUCUCACAUCUGACUCUGACCACAGUCUUUAUCACAAGCAGGGCAACAAUGGAGCUCUCAUGACUCAGGACAAAAUGACUGCAUGAGUCAACGUCAUCCACCACUGAUUAUACGGGGACCAGGAUGUUAACUGCAUGCAAACAAUUCUAUGCAAGAUCUUAAAGUGGACAUAUUGUGCUUUUUUUCAGCUCCUCUUUUCACCUUCUGUCGGAAACCAGAGCCCAGUCUGCUCUGAUUGGUUAGCUGGCCGGCUCUGUUGUGAUUGGUUAACAACAUAAAUAACACACUACAGGGAAGAGAAAAUCCCCCACAAAACUAAUAUGGCCCCUUUAAAGUUGGCUGAGGAAUGGACUCAUCCCUCAGGUAAGACUAAAAAAAACACCAUGGUGGGAGUGGAGUGCAGGUCUAAGCAGGCGAGGGUGUGAUCCCGCUACCAUUGGUCAACAAAGAGACCGGCAGCUCGAGACUGUCAGAUAAGGAAAAUGGCUGGAAACGUAAAGUUUGACCUGAACCACCCUCUUAUGGAAGCCGGACUGGAGAGCCCAAUAGAUGAGGAAGGUGCUCAUGAGUCGUUCAGACAGCUGAUCGCGGAGCAGAGUCAGAAUGGAGGACCGUCUGACGCCUUCGAGCUGCAGGACCUGCAGAGACAGCUGGACGAGGAGGAGCGAGACAAUGUAGCCUACCUGUUAGGCCCCGGACAUGAGUUAAGUCAGUUUAAGGGAAGGAGGCAGAGGGAGACAGAAUGGGAGGACCCUGAGACACAGGCGGACCCCCUCAUGGGGGAACGUUGGUCCUCAGCGACCAUGAAGAUCCUUUCCUCCAUGCCCAGCCGAACCAUCGGUCGCAACAGGGGCGCCAUCAUCUCCCAGUACUACAACCGCACCAUGCAGCUCCGGAGACGCAGGCAGAGCCGACCCGCCAUCCGAGACUUCUCCCGCUCUGCCAGACCCAGCAUCCGGGGCUACGGCAUAGAGGCCGACUGCACGGACGCAGAGGUGAGCAAGAGGGACCGUUUGCUGAACAACCUGCAGAACCUGUCAGUGAGCGACAGAAUCCAGAUGCUCCGAGCAAUGCCUCUCAAUGUUUCAGAGAAGAGUGAACUCAGGAGGUUAGCUUUGCAAAAGGAGAAACACACGCUUUCCCGUAGGAUUCCCUGCUGCAGUCAACUCAAAUAUUACAUCAUCAUUGGUGCGAGGCAGAGUUGGUACAGCUGGCUCUCCUUCCUGCACGCCCUCCAUCUGUGGCAAGUGCCGCUCAAGAGAGUGAGCGGGCGUUUCGGCAGCGGCGUCCUCUCUUACUUCCAGUUCCUUCAGAUCCUGCUCUUUUUCAACCUCUUCCUGUUCCUGGUGACAGGGGCCUUCAUAGUGCUGCCUCAGGCGCUGCACCCUCCAGAGCCACCUGCAGAGAAACCCUCCUUCACUGGACUGGAACUCCUCACCGGAGUGGGCUACUUCUCAGACACUGUGAUGUACUAUGGCCACUACUGUAACUACACACUGCGUAAGAGCUGCAGGGAGGAUGGGGGAGUGCACAAUGUCUCGUUGUCCAAUGGGAUCAGGCCGGACUGUGUUUCCAAGCUCUCCUACAUCAUGCCGCUGGCUUACUUUUUCACCAUAGGAGUGUCCUUCUUCAUCACGUGCAUCAUUCUCGUGUACAGCAUGUCAAAGUCAUUUGGGCAGAGCUUCCGAGUCGACAAAUCUCACAGCAUCCUGGCCAUUAAAGCCUUCUGCUCCUGGGACUUCAAGGUCAUUAAGAAGACUUCUGUCAAACUCAUGUCCGAGAAUAUCUGCACCCAGCUCAAGGAGCUCCUGGCAGAGGUGGGUCACAAGCAGGUGAAGAACACUCAGUGCCAGAGGCUGGGGAGACUGAUGGUUCACAGCCUGGCCUGGGCUAUCUGCAUAGGCAGCACCACAGCCUGUGUGCUGGCCAUCUACUACUGCUCUCAUGACAUGCAUCAGAACCUCAAGCUCAAUCUGCUUCGUGGCCCCAGAAACCCGCUGCUGAUCGAGGCCAGACUGCUGGCUCUCCCCGUCCUAGUGUCACUCAUCAACCUGCUGCUGCCCGGCCUCUUCAACCUGGCAGCCUGGAUGGAGGACUACGAGUCCCCCUCUGUACGCACAUACGUCUCCAUUGGCAGAAAUUUGAUGUUGAAGGUGAGCGUGCUUGGAGUCCUGUGCUUCCACUGGCUGGGUCGGGUGGCUGCUGACCCCAAGAGUAUCGGACUGAAGUGCUGGGAGAGCUUUGUCGGCCAGGAGCUUUAUCGUUUCCUGCUCAUGGACUUCAUCUUCACUAUACUGGACACCUUGUUUGGAGAGUUCCUUUGGAGGUUGUUCUCUGAGAAGGUGCUGAAGAGGAGGAGGAAACCAGUGUUUGAUAUCGCCAGGAACGUCCUGGAGCUGAUCUACGGACAGACGUUGGCCUGGUUAGGUGUUCUCUUCUCUCCUCUCCUGCCUGCAGUGCAGAUCUUCAAACUGUUGCUGCUCUUCUACAUUAAAAUGAGCAGUGUGAUGAUGAACUGUCAGGCGCCCAUGAAGCCGUACAGAGUGAGCCAGAUGACCACCGUCUUCAUCACGCUCCUCUGCUUCCCCUCCUUCCUCGGCGCCUCCGUGUGCGUCACUUACACCAUGUGGAGCAUCAACCCUUCCUCAUCGUGUGGCCCGUUCCGAGGGCUCAAAACGAUGUUCCAGGCGGGGAAGCUGUGGGUGGAGGAACUGGAAAAAGAUAAUCCCAACCUAUCCUGGCUGGCCCAAGCUCACUCCUUCCUGGUGGAAAACCCUCUCUUCCUGUUUGUGGGAGCAGCCAUCUUCCUGAUCGUCAUCUACUUCCAGAGUCAGGUGGUGGAUGGUCAGAGGAAGAUCAUCAGCCUGCUGCAGGAGCAGAUAAAAAAUGAAGGAGAUGAUAAGAAGUUUCUGAUCACUCGCCUCCAGACGAUCCACGAGCAAAAACGAACCCCCGCUCGACGUCUCGCCAGUCAGAACUCUAACUGUUGAGAUCCCAACCUCCGGCAUACCAGCCUCCUCAAUUCUCUGUGACCUGAGGUCUGCACAAAUGGAUUCAACUGGAAUAAUAACAGUGACAUUUAAAUGUAGAGCACAUUUGAAAUCUGCCCAGUAGUUUAUUGGCUGGAGCUUUUGUAAUGUGGCAAACAAACCAAGCGGAAAUAUGGGGAGAGACAGAGCUGUUUGCUUUAUGCAGCGCUGUUUAUAAGUGAUACCCAUACUCAAAGUUCAGGAAGUCUUCAGACGCACAGAACCCUGAAGCUGAUGAGAAUCAGUCUACACAGAUUUUAAGUCAUCUCUUUUAAAAGCACUUUCAUAUACACUGUGAACAAAUUGUUUUUAUUAUUAUAUCUGGUGCAAAAGAACUGUACUUAGUAUAAUUAUGUUUUUUGUAUUUUUUAAAUUUUUACCAGUAUGUUUUGUACAGUAGAUGUGGGUGUGAAUAUGAUUAUACCACAAAUGACUUCCAUAUUGUUUUAGCUACAAAUGCCCUUGUAUUGUCAAACUGUGGUAAUUAAAUUAUGUUUUAUCUUA